AUGCGAGUCUGCAGUGUCGAGCGCUGGAGAAGAUACGAGCAUCACUGCAUGCAGACUGACAGCUGUCCCUGUGCUGUGCUCAAUCAAACCAUUCUUCACCACAUCGACAAACAGGAGCCUCUCAGAAAGUGCCUUCUUUUGGAGAAGAGGGGGAGGACAGUUUAUCCCUUCAGAUCGCUGGAGCUACUUGAUUGCAGACUAACUGAAUGGUCUCUGGAAAGAUUAGGUAAGGCUGCAGGCAUCAGCUACCUCACCAAUCUCUGCCUGGACUACACACGCAUGGGACAGGAAGGGUUGAAAGGUUUGCUGACUGGAGGUUUGGGGGCCAGUCAAAUAUCUUCCCUGAGUUUGUGUUAUUGUGGUUUGGGUUCAUGGAGCGGAGCUCUGCUAGCUUCACUCCUCACCAACAGUCCUGUGAGGGAGGUCUACAUCAAUGGCAAUGAGCUGCAGUGUGGGGGUGCCAUUGAGCUGCUGAAACCUGUGGCUGAAAACAGCCAAAAACUGGCAGCGAUCCAAAACAGGACCACAUCCAUCACAGAUGAAACAGAGUUGAUCUCCCAAAGGAGCAAUACAACAUCUUCCAGACAAAAGAAAGCAAAGAGCAAAGGGAAGAAGACAAAGAAGAAAAGAGAAAAAACCAAGAGCGGCCAUGGCGCUGCAGGGGGCCUGUGGCUAGAGAAGCUGCACAUGUUUGAUAAUUCCAUUGAUAACUCAGGACAGGAGGAACCAAAUGAACUAACUCGAUUCAUGGAGCUCCUUUGCAUGUAA